GGCAAACUCAGCGCUGCCGUCGCCCAUAACGGCACUUAAGCAUGGGCUCUGACUGAGUCGAGUUUGUCGAGGUGUACGCGUCUCAUUUCCCAGGUGUUUCACAUGAAUUACAUCCCUCUCGCCACCGUGGAGCGAAUUAGAAGAGCAAUUGACGAAGAGUGUUUUGUGAAUAAACAAUGAUGGAUAUGGUAGCGAUGCCUGCUCCUGCUCCUCCCCCGGUCUCUGGUCUUGGACCUGGUCUUGGUCUCGGACCUGGUCUCGGCCCCGGUCUGGGCUCUGGUCUUUGCACCGGUCUUGGCCCCGGCCCAGUACCUGGCCAAGAACCUGUCCAAAACCACCAGUGGCGUAGGAAACGUACAACUGUCAGAGCUAUGCUGUCUGAGACCCUUCCUCUUGAAGAAGCUGCUAAGUUGGAGAUGAAGGAGUUACCCUCUAAAACCCCUGUUUCGGUGUUGCAAGAGUUGCUCAGCCGAAGAGGCACUACACCAAAGUAUGAAUUGGUUCAGAUUGAAGGGGCAAUACAUGAGCCUACUUUCCGCUACCGUGUCACUGUAGCUGAUGUUGUUGCAAUGGGCACAGGGCGCUCUAAAAAGGAAGCCAAACAUGCUGCUGCUAAAGCUGUUUUAGACAAGCUGAUUGGUGGCCAAAGUGAUGGUCUGACGAACAAUCCUUCACCGUCCAUCCCAGAUGUGCAAAUUGUUUCUCCUUAUGAUGACAAGAUUCCUGGAAACCCUAUUGGAACCCUGCAGGAAUUGUGUAUGUCACGCCGAUGGCCUCCACCAUCAUAUGAAAUGGAAAGUGAGGAGGGUUUACCUCAUGAACGCCAGUUUACCAUUGCAUGUGCUAUUUUCAACCACAAAGAAAUUGGUUCAGGUAAAUCCAAAAAACUAGCUAAGCGACAAGCUGCUCAUAAAAUGUGGGAGAAACUGCAGGACUCUCCAAUGGAACACAACAACAUGCGUAUGGGAUACAAUGAAGAUGAUGAUGAGAUCUCUCGAGUGUCAAAUGUGGCGAGCCGCUUUGCAGGUCUGAAAGAUAGUAAAUUCCAUACCAUGACAGCCAUGCUAAAUGUGAAGGUUUCACAAUUCCACAAGAACAUAAAAUGCUCGACCGGGCCUAAGCUUGAUGAGCUCAAGACACAGGCAUUGAAUCAGCCUGAUUUCAACUAUGUGAAAUUCCUCCAGGAAAUUGCGGUUGAGCAAGAAAUUGAAGUAUCUUACAUUGACAUUGAAGAAAAGUCAAUGACAGGAAAGUUCCAGUGCUUGAUUCAACUCUCUACCCUGCCUGUUGCUGUCUGCUAUGGUUGUGGUCAUACCUCGAAAGAAGCUCAGUCUGCUGCAGCUCAAAACACUUUGGAGUAUUUGAAGAUCUUGACCAAGUUGUGAAGAGAUUGUUAAAGCACAGGUGAUGAUUUCUGAUACACCUCAUCAUUCAUUUGUGCAAAUGCGCUUGUCUGUGUCAGUUGAGACCUAUCAGAACUUUGAAGUUUUGUUUCAUUUUAACUUUUACGCUGUUUAAUUUUUUGGUUAGUAUAAUUUUUCUGAGCAUGUGUGUACCAUGUUCAGGGUAGUUGUCUUCAGAAUUGAAAUAGUUGAAGUUCAUCGAUAGGUCAAGUAAAAAUGUCUGUUUUUGGUUGCUCAGAGGUUAUCACCUGGUUAUUGGGUCUCUUUCCACUUUAAAAUUUUGACUUCAUGCAAAGCAUACCACUAUGCAAUAUGCAUGCAAAAGGGCAGUGCGGGCGGGCAUCAGUUGGUGCACCUAUCCGGCGCUCUGUCCUGUUUUCCUAUUGGCCCAGUCGCAUGCCAGGAAUGUGGCCGGGCCGUUCCGGUCGGCAGGCGCUCUGCUUCCCAAAUCAGAUCUUGAGCAAUGAAAGUAGCAAUGACAAUUAUUCAGAAUAAUAUUCAUUGCCAUUCUUUCUCAUUUAUUUUUCAAAUUUGGAUCUAGAUAUAGCCUAAAUAUCUAAACGUUCAUCAAUUUGUCGUAAAAACUAUUGUCUUAAGUUUUUCCUGGCUGAUAACUUUCUUCUAUUGUUCAAGUGUCUGAGUUGGCUGAGAACUGUGUGUACUGAACGGAAUGGCCCUCUUGAUACCCAGUCUUUUACAGUACAAGCUAUACUUUGCAUAGAAUUAGUGGAGUUUUUCCGUGAAUGCUGAUCACAUUUGUCAUGAUGAUUGAAAAUGCAAAAGUAAUUGUAUAAACAAAAAGUGGUUUGCACCAUUGAUAGUUUGACUCCUCUUUACAAGAGGUAUGGCAUGGUUUUAACUUUUGACACAUAUACACUUAAACAAAAAUAUAUAAAAAGAGAAAAUAUAUAAAAAAAAAUGUUGGGGGAUACCUCUUUAGGAAAAUGGGCAUUUAUUUAAUGCAAAGUAUAGAGGUUGUAAUAUUUGUUUGUGUACAGUACGGAAUUGUUAUGGUGAAUCCAGGAACAUUAGAAGCUGAGGGAUAGGCUGCUUAGCCGUAUGUAAAUUUUAAUUUAUCUGUGUACUUGCAGUUGAAAGGUCAUCCGUUUUUCAAUGAGCUCAAUAUGAACCAGAUGCAAAGUGAGAAAAGUAGGCUGUAGGAUGUGGAAAAAUACAGCCCCAUGACUAAGAUGCACAGCCCAUUGAAAGAUCUAAUGCUCGUGUAAAAUUAAUUAUUCCUAAUGGGGAAGCAUGUAUGUAUUGUUAACCGGUGUCAGUUUACAUUUUCUUUAUUUGUGUAUGCUGUGAUGAUAAUUAUUAAACAAAAGUAAGGGUUUCCUGUUAAUUUUGCUCUUUAUGAUACCUGUCAAGUAUUUAAGUCAUUUAUUUGUAUUUGUGAUAUGUGAUGUAAGGUCAAGCUUUCCAGUUUUGCUCGUGUUACCAGUUAUGUUGUUGUGUAGCUGAGUUUUUUUAGAUUUGAGCAUGUUUCUUCUUUUCCCUUAGCUUCUAAGGCUCCUGGUGUAUCUUUUUAUUAUUGUUCUGUAGAAAAUACAUUUGUCUGUCAGGAAUUAGAUUUUCGAUGUGCUUUGGCUGCACCUUCCAUGUUUCUUUCUUGCCAAGCACAUUUUGUUGUUCUGAUGUAAGCACAUGGACUUUGUACCAUGUUUUGUAAGUAACAUAUGCCUUGACAGCCUUGGUGCUUGAGGUUUCAGAUAUUUGAGUAGCCACUGCACAUCACAUCUUUCCAUUUUGGUGCCGAAACCAGUUUUAGAAUGAAUUUAUGGUCUAAGUAGGUAUGUGUGUUUGUAAAUAUUUAUUCUAUCUAUGUAUUUGAUGUGGAUACUUCAAAAUGUUUUCAAGACGCUAUCAUCUCUCGUUCAUGGUUUAUUUAUUUAUGGCAUUGAAAGAUUUUCUUUUGACCGCAACAAUUUGGUUUAUAUCAUAUCUAGUUGAAUUAAGCAUCAUAGUAUUCCAACCUAUGUCAAUUGAUUAUGCUCUUUUUUUCUGCUUGUGAGGACAUACUACUUCAUCAGUAUUGAAUGGCCAUGUACCAAGUGUACUACUUGCCCUUUGUGAUUUUUGUAUUGUGUAGCUCAGCUAUCCAUCCCUCAUCUGUUGUGCUUAUGGAAUGGUCAUUGUUUAAAGAUAUGUUGUUCUGAUAUCUGACCACGUGAGUGUAUUUAUUUUUGUGUGCGUGUGAGUGUGUUGAUUAAUUUAUUGAUCUUCAGGCCUGCAAUUUUGUUUUGAUUCCUAAAGCGCAGCCCCACAUUGAGAAUGGACUAUAAUUUAUCACCUGAAGCCCUUUACUUUUUACUGGACAAUAUGUCUUUGUGAAACUUAAACAAAUUAAACAAGUUAUCAACAUGUGAUUUGAGGUUUAGUGUCAGUUUCCAAUCUUUUCGUAAGCACUUUUGUUGAAACAAACCAUUUGUUAGUACGAAUCUCAGUGUUGUCCUAUAAUCUUUUAACUUGACUGGUGGAUGAACCCUACCUUUUUGAUUGGUUUCAUUGUAUUUUUGUUUUUGUACCUUGAAACAUUGGCUGUACCUGUAACUACAAUUUUUGUUUUACAUAUUAACUGCUUGCUGGUAUGUAUUGCAAGUUUUUAAUCUAUGUUAUUGCAUAAUCAAAGUCAUUAAGCCUAGCAAUUAUGAUAGUAUGAAUCUUUUGUUCUACUUUUGAAAUAUCUUGACUUCUUUUUGGACUGCUUUUUCUGUGCUCUAAUGAUUCAUUGUUAAUGUUUCAUUCGCCUUUUACUGAUGCAUAAUAUGUUAACAUUCUCCAUAAUAGCCAUGAUCUCGCCAGAUGAAUCAGGAUUUUUAGGUGUGUUCUUGUACCUUAUUGCCUCAAGUGUCUGUGGCCUUCUAUGAAUUUAUUUGUACAUUGUAAUAUUACCAGUGUAGUUGCAGAGAUGUGUGUUAUGUGACCAUUGUGACAUAGUGUAUUGACUCUGUACUUGCAGUACAAAUGUAUUUUCUAAAUCAUCACUACAGUGACCAUACAUAAUUCCAAAUAAAUCUGUACUCCUAUUA